UUAUCCGCGGUGGUGCCCUGCGCGCCCUGUUGUGUAAGCUCUGCGUUGCCAGUAGUCGGAGAAGUUGCUGGCCUUCCCGAUAGCCCAAUUCGGUGGCGUCCCGGGGCGGAUUUCAUGGCCCGCGGCGAACGCGGGGCCAGAGCCGGCGUGGGCGAGCCCCUGCGCGCCCCCUCCCGCGGGGAUCCAGCUAGCCCACUCCCUUCCGCUCGCUGGCUUUUCCGAUGCUUGCUGCGCCCCUGGCCGCCGCUGCCCUCUCGCCGCCUGCUGCCCCUCGGAGCCGCCGCCUAAAUCGAGGAGGAGAGAAUGACCGAGGUGCUGUGGCCGACUGUCCCCAACGGGACGGACGCUGCCUUCCUGGCCGGUCCGGGUUUGUCCUGGGGGAACAGCACGGUCGCCUCCACUGCCGCCGUCUCCGCGUCGUUCAAAUGCGCCUUGACCAAGACGGGCUUCCAGUUUUACUACCUGCCGGCUGUCUACAUCUUGGUGUUCAUCAUCGGCUUCCUGGGCAACAGCGUGGCCAUCUGGAUGUUCGUCUUCCACAUGAAGCCCUGGAGCGGCAUCUCCGUGUACAUGUUCAACUUGGCUCUGGCCGACUUCUUGUACGUGCUGACUCUGCCAGCCCUGAUCUUCUACUACUUCAAUAAAACAGACUGGAUCUUCGGGGAUGCCAUGUGUAAACUGCAGAGGUUCAUCUUUCAUGUGAACCUCUAUGGCAGCAUCUUGUUUCUGACAUGCAUCAGUGCUCACCGGUACAGCGGUGUGGUGUACCCCCUCAAGUCCCUGGGCCGGCUCAAAAAGAAGAACGCGGUCUAUAUCAGCGUGCUGGUGUGGCUCAUUGUGGUGGUGGCGAUCUCCCCCAUCCUCUUCUACUCAGGUACCGGGGUCCGCAAAAACAAAACCACCACCUGUUAUGACACCACCUCAGACGAGUACCUGCGAAGUUAUUUCAUCUACAGCAUGUGCACGACCGUGGCCAUGUUCUGUGUCCCGUUGGUGCUGAUUCUGGGCUGUUACGGAUUAAUUGUGAGAGCUUUGAUUUACAAAGAUCUGGACAACUCUCCCCUGAGGAGAAAAUCGAUUUACCUGGUGAUCAUUGUACUGACUGUUUUUGCUGUGUCUUACAUCCCUUUCCAUGUGAUGAAAACGAUGAAUUUGAGAGCCCGGCUUGACUUUCAGACCCCAGCAAUGUGUGCUUUCAAUGACAGGGUUUAUGCCACAUAUCAGGUGACAAGAGGUCUAGCAAGUCUCAACAGUUGUGUGGACCCUAUUCUCUAUUUCUUGGCAGGAGAUACUUUCAGAAGGAGACUCUCCCGAGCCACAAGGAAAGCUUCUAGAAGAAGUGAGGCAAAUUUGCAAUCCAAAAGUGAAGACAUGACCCUCAAUAUUUUACCUGAGUUCAAGCAGAAUGGAGAUACAAGCUUGUGAAGGCACAAGAAUCUCCAAACACCUGUCUGUUGUAAUAUGGUCUCAGGAUGCUCAGCUUAAUUUAGAGUAUGUGUUAAGUACAUUGUUUCAGCGUCCAGAGAAUUUUGUGAGUGUGGAUCCAGUGAGGAGGUGAACAGUGUCUAGAAAUGCUUGUUUACUACUUGGCAUGUUUUUUUCCAAAGUGUUUCUUCUUUAGCUUCAUACAUCACAUAUGGACAUUGAUGACAUUUGAAUGCAUGCCACAUAGUACAAGAAUGAUCUUGCUAACUCCUUCCAGGCCAAAAGAAGCCUCUGGGAAGAUGUGCAAAUGGUGAAAACAUACAGAGGGUCAGGAUGAAGUAGUGAUCUCUGUUGGCUGAAAAACUGAUCAAGUCAUAUGACGAUUGAAGUAUGUUGAUAGUAAGGGCAGAAAUGUGUUGGCAUUUGGAAAAAAAGAACUGCUAACAUUAUAGAACUUACUACCUAACAAAAUUUUACACAAAAAAUAUUUUAAUGGCAAAUUCAAGGUGUUUUAUUACUUAUAAAUUAGCAUCUUUGACUCUUUGAACAUCAAUUUGUGUUUACAUUGAAAUGACAAAAAGAAGAAAUAUAGCAUGCAAGUCAGAAUUCAGAGUUAAAACCAUGAUGUUGCCACUCAGCCAGCUGUGUGACUGUUGACCCUUUCAAGACCACAGAUGGAUUAAAAAGUUGGAUGACAUCCAUUGUUGGGGCUUUGGGGGAUAUGGUAAAGCAUGAAAACUGAACAGCCAGGAGCCUGUGAAAUCUGCUACUGUAUUUUCCAGGACUUCAUUCCACUCCUUGGCUAAAAAGAAUCUUGUAAGUUUCACAGAUUAUGAUGUGGACCUGUCACCUGUAAAGUGUCUCAAUCUUCUCAGACAAGACACUGAACUGUCUUUGGAUUUUAUACAUGCCAGUGCUUAUAGCAGCUGGAAUUUGGCUAGUGACAAUAUUUAAAGAUGUAAUACUAGUUGGUAUCUAUUGAAGCUUAAACUUUGCUGGUCAAGUUGUAGCUAUUGUAAUAGUAUUUAUUGAAGAAGCUCACAGUCCUUCAGUUGUACAGAUUGAAAAACUUUCAUGAAAGAUCCAACAUACUAAUGUAAAUUAUAUUUAUUAAAAUGUAUAAUAUUAAUGUGUCAAACUGGUGUAUUUUACAAAAUAUAUGAUGCAUACAUAAAUAUACAUAAAUUGUAUAUUCCAGUGCUUUUCAAAUAGCAGUAUCUUGGAAUAUUUAAGUCUUCACAUUUUUUAGUCUAAAAUAUGAAAAUGUUUCAUGAUACAAGUGAUUAAUUUUCCCUAGAAGUGCUUUUGCAUGUUUGCCUUUUUAUUUUUUUCUGUAUAGACACAAUUUGAUAUCAGACUAUCAUAAGAUCAAUAGUGAAUAUAAAAUAUCUUAGCCAAAUGGGGUCUGUAUUGUCCACAUUUUAUAUAUUGAAUAAAAGUUUUCGUUGUCUUUUCA